GACCCUCAUUCAGGGCACCGGAGGGGGCGGGCGAGAUCUCAUCAGAUCUCCGAGCUCGAGCGGCUCCUCAUUCUCCUGUCGGCCGGUGUUUUGUGUGUUUGUGUCUCUGUAGAUUCAUAUCUGUUGGAUAUGAGGGAUCGUGCGUGUUUCUUUUAAUCGCGUUUGUCUGGAUGAACUAAUGGAGUGACCGCAGAAGCGCGGCUCUGCGCGGAUCAUCGGAGCCCGUUAUCCCGGACAGAGACCCGCUUUGUUCGGCUAAUAAUAAACGAAUCGCGUCUACUAUUAAAAUGAACGACAUAGAGAAAGAGAAUAAAUCUGAUGAAGACUCGGAGUCUCUGGAGGAAGAGGAGGUUGACCCGAGGGUUCAGGGCGAACUGGAGAAACUGAAUCAGUCUACCGAUAACAUCAACAGAUGGGAGACCGAACUGGAGGAUUCCCGGCAGAAGUUUCGCGCCGUCCUGUUGGAGGCCACAGUCAAACUGGACGAGCAGGUCAAGAAGAUCGGGAAAGCCGUGGAAGACUCGAAACCGUACUGGGAGGCCCGGAGAGCGGCCCGACAGGCUCAGGUUGAAGCUCAGAGAGCCACACAGGAGUAUCAGCGGGCGAUGGAGAUCCUGCGGGCAGCGAAGGAGACCAUCGCUCUGGCCGAGGAGCGUCUCCUGGAGGAGGACAGCAGACAGUUUGACUCGGCCUGGCAGGAGAUGCUCAACCACGCCACCCAGAGGGUGAUGGAGGCGGAGCAAACCAGGACACGCAGUGAACUCGAGCACAGAGAAACAGCGACCAAAUACAACGCCGCCAUCAGCCACAUGAGACAACUGGAGAAGAAGCUCAAACGCACCAUCAACAAGUCCAGACCGUACUUUGAAUUAAAGGCCAAGUAUUAUCUGCAGCUCGAGCAACUGAAGAGACGGGUCGACGAGCGUCAGGCUAAACUAACCCAGGCCAAAGCCGAGUACCGGACGGCCCUUCGGAACCUGGAGACCAUCUCGGAUGAGAUCCACGCCCGGCGCCGGCUCUCGGUCAUGGGGCCCCGGGGCCGAGGGGUGGGGGCCGAAGAUGACGCGGCCGCUGCCGACGACAUCGCCAACUUCAAAAUGGAGUCUGACGGCAUAUCGAUGAUGUCAGUGAAUUUGGAGGACAGCUGCACCGGCACGACAUCAGAAGAGGCCCCCGAGACACAGUCCACCGGCAGCCUGAGCUCCACAUCUGCGCCUCUGGACCUGCCCUGUCCGUUCCCCUCCUCUUCCUCCCCAUAUCCCCUGCUCUCGUCCUCCUGCCCGUACCCGUCCUCCUCGCCGCCGCCGUCUCCCUGCGCCGGCCCUGAGCUGCUCCAGCUGCCCGGCUCGGGGUCUCUGGAGGGCUUCGAGCAGGAGUCUCCGGUGUUGGGCCCUCGCAGCGAGUGCAGCGGGGCCUCGUCACCAGACUGUGAACAGGAGCGAGGGGAGAGAGCGGAGGGCGCAGAAGUUAAACCUGGCAGAACGAACAACAUCAGCCGUCAGAAAAGCUCUCGCCUGGAGAAGAGCCUGCGCAGUUUAUCUCUCCAAACCGCAGACGACACCGACACGGACACUCGUUCUUUCACUGUGACCUCCAACACACCAGCAGUGCUGCUUCUCAACAGUGUUUAA